AUGUUGCGGGCCUCGAGGUGCUGCCGCUGCGCGGGCACUAUUCUCUGGAGGCCGCGUAGUGGAUUAGAAGGAGGAGGCUACAAGAAGCGAAUUGAACAAGGUAGGGGAAUCGGGUGGUUUGUCGAUGCGGCACACCACGCUGCACCAUCCCUCGAGUUUUUUAGCUUGCCGAGGAUGUCGCUUUUUCCGCUCUUGAUGCGAAUUCGGUCUGCGCAGGCAAAAUGUGCGACUGAAGGCCCGUGGAUGGCCUUGCAGGUGCGCAAUACGGAAGUUGCAUACCAGAACGCAGCGAAGGGAGAUAUGCUCUGCGAAGUCCGCCAUACCUCGUUCUCACGGUAUCCGGACAUGCCACUGAUUGUUACCUCGAUCCCAACCAAGUCGUUGUUCGUCCUGGAGACGCCGCACUUCCGCGAGCGAUUCAAGCUGAGCCUCACCUCCGAAAGUGAGCACCGCCUGCAGGUGGAUCGCCCCGAGCAUAUGCAGCUUCUAGCUGCACGGCUCGUGCGCCUCUACGAGGUUGCGAUGGCUUGCUCCACUAGCUAUACGGGCAGCUUAUUCUCACUAAUGGAGGCUGCAGCGACGUCGACUGCGCUGCGGCGAAACCGCCGGGUUUUAGUGGAGGUGAUGCAGCUUCCCGUCUUCUCGGAAUUGCAGUUUCCGGUGGAAACGCAGAUGAAGCCAGGGGCCCACAAUGCCACACUCCGCGGGCUGCGCGUGACAUUCCGUGCCACCACGGAGUACUUUCGCGGCGGAGCGUCAGGGAACUUGCCAGUGCAAAUUUUCCUUCCCAACGUGGUCGACACGGAUGGUUUUUUGUUUUUGGUUGCCGACGACCCGGCAAACAAGAUGCGGCUGACGCGGAUCGGCCUCGUGCCGAACCGCGUAGUGGUAGACCGUGGUCUUUUGAACGGUAUGGGCAGGCGGGGUACUAGCCGUUAUGUGCGAUGGUCUCCGACAUCAGAAAACAGUGCGAUGGACGACACGUUCCAAAGUCAGGAGAUCAUCAUAACUGGCUCGAGCUUUAGUGGUUUGGACUCGUACUUCAUCUCGGUUGAGGCUGGUGAGCACGCUAUUCAUGCCUUCGCGACGCGCAUUUUGGCUGAGAUACACGCCUCAAAGGCAGCGCCACCCAUUGGAUCAAAGCUGGAUGAUGACGGUAAAUGCGCGUAUCAAUGA